AUGAGUGGUGGCGACAGUAAUAUUACAGAUGAGAAACGAAGCGAUGUAGAAAACAGCAGUGGUGGCGAUGAGAGUUCGGAUGAGAGUAGCAGUGAAGAAGAGACAAAGAUCGAGCUAAUGGUAAACGCACGUGCUCGACGUUCAAAUGCGGGUAAUAAAAUGUCUGCCCUGAUACAGUCAAGUAAUCAGGAAGAUGAUUUCUACAAGAGUGCAUAUGGAGGAGGUUUCAAUGAGGACGAUGCAGAUGAUCUGUUUGAAUCGCCCGCACAUUCCGAUGUGGACGAGGUCGAUUCGGAUUUCGAUAAACCAGAAGAAGAAGACGAACCUAUAAGCGAUGAAGAGACCGAGGUGAAGCGAGGUCAUCGUAAAGUGAAAGGUUAUAAGGAACCUCCACGAGGAUCUUGCUCAGAACUAUUAGCAAAAAAUAAAACGUGGACUAUGGCAAGGAUGGCAGGUAAAACCGUUGCUGCGAACUCUGUCGAUGCUAAGACUCAGGCCGCUCGUCUGAAGGAAGCCGAACACACUGAGAAAGUGAACGUGGAGUCUUUAAGAAAGUUAGUUUAUCUCUAA